GUGUGAGUGAAGUGGGCGGGGCUGAAAGUGUAAACACCAACUGUCCUCUUCGGCUUAGCUCCUGACUUUAGAGGAUCCACGGUGGGAGUUCGUUCAUCCGAUGGUGGCUAAGAUCAACAAAAAUGAUUCUUUAGCGUUUAAAACCUGUAACGCAAAAUGCGAUGCUACCUUCACGCAUUUCUCCUGUGCGUGGUCCUCACCCUGUGCUCACUGUUCUACGUGUUCACUCAACUAGCCUCCACCUUGGAGGAAAAGGAUGAGUGGAGGGACGUCAGAGAGCAGGGGAUACCGGGGAGGAGCAGUCAUGACACCGGGCACCUUCUCAGGAAAGGACCGGGGCUGGCAGGCCUCCGGGACCACGGUGAAGACGGGCUUGACAGGUGUAAAUCACUGUCAGUUUCUUACUGGAGUCCAUAUUGGAGACUGCCUGCUGAUGUUUGUGGAGUGAGCUGCUUUUUGGACUCUACUCUUAGAGAGAGGUCCGGUGCUGCUGUCAAAGAAUCUAUCGAUGACAGGAGUCACCUGGCUGUGGUGGCCUGUGGCCCCAGGCUAGAGGAGACUCUCACCAUGCUGAAGUCUGCUGUUCUCUUCAGCAAAAAGCCUCUGCACUUUUACAUCUUUGCCGAGGAUAAUCUACAUGUCAGCUUCAGAAGUUCUCUGCACUCCUGGCCCAGAACAGUUCAGACCAAGUUUAAAUUCACCAUCUAUCCCAUCACUUUUCCCGAGGAGAAUGCAAAGGAGUGGAAGAAGCUCUUCAAACCAUGCGCUUCUCAGAGACUCUUCCUGCCACUGAUCCUGAAGGAGGUGGAUUCUUUGCUGUAUGUGGACACAGAUAUCAUUUUCCUGCGCCCCGUCGAGGACAUGUGGGCUUUGCUUUCUCAGUUCAGUCCAAGCCACUUAGCUGCCAUGGCUCCAGAGCACGAGGAGCCACGUAUCGGCUGGUACAACCGAUUCGCCCGUCACCCUUAUUAUGGCAAGACAGGCAUCAACUCAGGUGUCAUGCUCAUGAACAUGACUCGCCUCAGGGAGAACUUUUUUAAGAAUGACAUGACCAAAGUUUCACUGCGGUGGGAGGAAAUUCUGAUGCCUCUUCUCCAGAAGUAUAAACUCAAUAUCACGUGGGGGGACCAGGACCUACUAAAUAUCAUAUUCCAUCAUAACCCAGAGAGCCUGUAUGUGUUUCCCUGCCAGUGGAACUACCGUCCAGACCACUGUAUCUAUGGCAGCAACUGUCAACAGGCUGAACAAGAAGGUGUCUUCAUUCUCCAUGGUAACAGGGGAGUGUACCAUGAUGACAAGCAGCCAGCGUUUCGAGCCGUCUACGAAGCCAUCCAAAAGUACCAGUUUGGCAAGAACAUGGAGGCGUUCCUGCUUCAGCCUUUAGAGGCAUCGCUGCAGACCACCACACACACCUACUGUGGAAGAGCCAGCCACCUUUUUACCAAGAGACUAAAACAGAGCAUCAUCAACAGGACGUCGCACAAAGACGACAAUCCUGCCCGCUCUUAAUGAACCACUCCAUGAAUAACGUCUCGCUGGGUGAAGAUUCUUGGAUUGAGGACACUCCUGUGGAGUCGAUGAGCUGGACGAGAAACAGACUCAGGUCAAAACGGAAUAAUCAUCUGUUUACGAACUACAUAUCAAGAUUGUUUAAAUGGGGAACAUUUGUCUGUCCAACAGGUUUAUUUUGUAUUUGAGUGAAACUAAUGAUGGUACCUAUCUGUCCAAUGAACACAACAAAUGCUCCAUGGUGGAAAAUGUACUGAAUCCACUUUGCCUUGCAGAGAUUUUUUGAAAUAAUAUCUGAAGAUAAAGACAUGUAUUUUCAGACAAUCAGGUUAAUAAUAAUAAUAAUAUUUUAUAUAUAAUAUUAUUGUUGUGUUUAGAGAAAGAUCCUGCCAUCGCGUUGUGAAAAAACGACACUCCACAGGGUACUAAAAUACAAUUUUCUUAUCCAGAGUAUUUUAUUAGAUUUGUUUUAAUAUAAUUUUUCAUAAAGGUUUUGUAUUGGUCUUUUUGACGAUGCAGUAUCAUAGAAAAGUGUUGUUAUUAUAUUUAGGUACUUGUUAGCUGCACAAGAAUGAUUGUCUUUCUUUAUUGAACAUGAAAGUAUUCAUCAACCAUACUUCCAACUUGUAGAGCAGAAUUUGAUGUGUAUUUGUUGUUGUUUAACAUGUGACAGUAAGCACUUUUGAUCUUUCACGUAUGACUAACCUUUCAUGUACUUUGGUAUGGGAGUUAUUUUAAGCAUUGCUUGCUAUAGUAGGAUUUACAUAGCAUUAACAUCAGUUACUUGUUUAAUGCUGUGUCUGAUCAGGAAAAAGGAUCUCCAACCGCUUCUCUUUGUGAAAUCAGAAAUUAAUAAUCUCUUUUUUUCUGUGUAAUUUAUCCUUGUUUACCAUAUAUGUCAGAAAAUCAGUAUCAUAGUGUUUUUGCGUGAAAGUCUCACCUUUCUUUUCUUGUAAAAGAGUAUCGAAUGUCAUCAAGACUCAUCCAAUCAAAGUGUAGUUUCUGUUUGAACCUGAACAUUUCAUAAACAUGACCAAGAUCACAACAGUGUCACAGAGAGCUCUUAGUUUCUAAUCAAGCCAUCAAGACUGGAACAUUUGCACUAUUGAUUCAAGAUUGUAACAAUGUAAUCAGAUAUAAGAAAGCAAAAGCUGUGGUUUCAAUGUUUGACAGAAAAUAAAAUGUAUAAACAUUCAAACGUGUGGGAAAUAGAUAUUUUAUACAUUUUUGUACACUUUGAGAUGAUUAAACCGUUUUAUUGUUACCCAUGA